AUCUUUCAGAUCCUCGGUUGCCGUCCUGUCGCUUCAGUGGAUCAUUUCGUUCCUGAAGCUCUUGGUUCAGCAGAUCUCGUCGAGGAAGUCUCUUGUGGAGGUGAUGGCAAAGUUAUCAAGGUCACAGGAGUUGCUAAUCCAGGGCAAGCCUGCUCGAUUCUCCUCCGCGGUUCCAAUAAAUUGGUUUUGGAAGAAGCUGAACGCUCCUUGCAUGACGCUCUCUGUGUAAUUCGAUGUCUCGUUAAGAAGAGGGCACUUCUUCCAGGUGGAGGAGCUCCAGAAAUGGAAGUAGCUGUAAAGCUGCGUCAGUUAGCUCAAAAACAAAUCGGUGCUCAACAGUAUUGCUGGCGUGCGUUCGCUGAUGCACUUGAGUUGGUGCCUUAUACUCUCGCUGAAAACGCUGGACUUUCACCUAUCCACACGGUAACUGAACUGCGCACCCAACAUGCUAACGGCAACUCUGAUUAUGGGGUUAACGUUAGAAAGGGAUAUGUGACUGAUAUUCGUGAAGAAAAUGUCCUCCAACCUUUGUUGGUCACUCUGUCUGCCAUCAAGCAGGCUUCGGAGUGCGUCAGGUCCAUUCUUAAAAUCGACGAUAUCGUGAGUAGUCUAUUAUCAUCUCACUAA